CAGCCGGAGGGGCGGCCGUGGGGUGCCGAGGAGCCCCGGGGGACCCUGCGACUGCCGGGCUCCAUGGCGGCCAAGUGGUUCAAGGAGUUCCCAUCCAACCUGAAAACGGUUUCGGAGAGGGCUCGGCCGGGAAGCGGGAGCCUCGGCAAGAGCCGCAAGAAUUCAACCGCUGAGCUGGGGGGCUACCGGGCGGCUGGGGGUGGCAAGGAAGGGGGCAGCCGGCUGUCAAGGGACAACCUGCAGGGUCUGCUCCAGGCCGCCACCGGGAAGAUGAGGAAGAAUUCCAGAGUGGAGGGAGGCACAGCAGAAGGACCCUCCAAAACCUACAUCAACCGCCUCAUCAAGGUGGAGGCUUCCGAGAAGAACGGGAAGGGGAGCCCUGGAGCCCUGCCUGGCAGCCUGCCUGCCCCCGAGCAGGACAAGGGGAAGCCCCCCAAGACAGAGACGGUCAUCAUCCUGGAGGAUUACGCAGACCCUUACGACGCCAAGCGGACCAAGGGGCAGCGGGAUGCCGAGCGCCUGGGGGAGAACGAUGGGUACAUGGAGCCCUACGAUGCCCAGCAGAUGAUCACAGAAAUCCGUCGUCGUGGCUCCAAGGACCCCCUGGUCAAAGCCAUCCUGCUGCUGGACGGUCCUGGAGAGCCUGGGGAGGGGGGUGCCAAACUGGAUCUUGCCAAACGACCAGGGGGCAAGGAAGUGUCAGGGAAGGGGCCACAGCUCUAUGACACCCCUUAUGAGCCUGGGGAGGGAGUGGCCGGGGGGACCCCUGAGCGCAGGGGGAGGGCUGGUGAUGGGCGCCUGCCUGAGAACGACGAGCGCCCGGCGGGGGAAUAUGAGCAGCCCUGGGAGUGGAAGAAGGAGCAGAUUGUCAAAGCACUGUCAGUCCAGUUCGAGGGCUCGGAGCGCCCUAAGGAGGAGACACUGCGGCAGCAUCUACGGCAGAGGAGCUGGACCCCCAAGAUGCUGAAGCCGGCGGGCACCGAGCAGAGCGAGGGGGAGCGGGUGGAUCCUGCCCUGGCACUGGAGAAACAGCCCUGGUUCCACGGGGCCAUCACGCGGGCCGAGGCCGAGAGCCGGCUGCAGCCGUGCCGGGAGGCCGGGUACCUGGUGCGCACCAGCGAGAGCGGCAGCGGCAAGUACUCCAUCGCGCUCAAGACCAGCCAGGGCUGCGUCCACAUCAUCGUGGCCCAGACCAAGGACAACAAGUACACGCUCAGCCAGGCCAGUGGCGUCUUCGCCAGCAUCCCUGAGGUUGUGCACUACUACUCCACCGAGAAGCUGCCCUUCAAGGGGGCUGAGCACAUGGCCCUGCUGCACCCCGUCCACUGCAAGCUGCAUUAGCGUCUGCGACUGAGACACGGCAGGGCCACAGCGAUGUCUGUCACAUCUCCAGUCCUCAAGGGACUCCUGGACUCCAGCAGGGCUGUCCCCCUUUUGCUGGGACAAAUCCCGACCACCCUGUGCCAGAACCUGCCACGUGCCCGAGGUGGGAGCACGCAGUGAGACUGGGACCUGUAAUGAUAUAGUAAAAUAAACUUGUUGGC